AAUUACGGUAUCCGAGUCUCCUCAAGAGCAGAAAGUGCUCAUGCUUCAUUGAAAGCACAUCUUCGCAAUCGCCUUUCGGAUCUUGAAAAGCUUCAUAAAGCCAUUACCACUAUGCUUGAGCGACAACAGCAUCAAUUCGAAAGCAACAGAGCCAAAGAUCGACGCAGAUUCUACCUGGGAUUACGACAGACUUCAUUCUUCAAGAACAUCAAUCGGUCUUGCUCUAAAAAGGCGAUGGAGCUGAUGAAAAGGCAGUUUGAUCUUGCA